UAAAGUGCAUCAUCAGUGUAGCGCGUCUUCGCUUUAAAGUGUGAAUCUCGUUACAGUUAAUGAAAAAUUAAUGAAAAAAUUAGAGCGGUGAUAGUACAGCGGCAGCAGCAGUACCAGCACUUGUUCCUUAUGUUCAGUGAGAUUAUCGAAUUAUAUCCCCGUCACUUCUCCACAAUGCCUUCUUGCUCCACUAACUCCAUUCAUCUAUCGGUGGUCACUAAAUUAAAGAAUAGGAAGCAGCGUUUUUUCUCACUCUAGAUGCUAGAGCUAUAUAAAACCACCAUAUUUCCAAAUCGCAACAUCAGUUCCUCACCAUCAUGACUCCUCUUCGGUCAGUUCUCAUCCUCGUGGUUUUUAUCGCCGGCGCUCGGAGCGAAAAAAGUGACAAAAGUGAAUACAAGAAGUCGCUCUCGAGGGAUUGCGCCAAUUCGUACUCCACCACGUGCCUCAAACUCGACAUUGUCUCAUGGGUGGACAAACUCAACGAGCAGGACAACUACAGCGUCCUCCCCGGAGUGUCCGUCAUCCGCGAGAACCCCAACAUCACGCGCCCCAACACCGCCGACAUCGUCGCCGAGCUGGCGCGUGACUUUCCCAACGACCCGGACGCCCGUCUGGACGCCUUCCUCAUGAAGAAAGUCACCGGGUACUUGAACUCGCACGCCGUGCGUCUCAACCUCUUCGACGCCGGCAAGUCGGACGAGGUGACCGGCCGCGGGAAGGGCGGCGGUGGCGGCGGCGGCGGCGGCAAGAAGGGCGGCGAAGGCAUGGGGGCCAUCCUCGCCGCCGGCGCUAUGAUGAAGGGCACGCUGUUUGCCCUGGCACUUGGGGGGCUGGCGGCGCUCGCCGGCAAGGCCUUGAUGACGGCGUUGAUCUCGCUGAUGUUGUCGGCGAUCAUCGGACUGAAAUCGCUGACCCAUGGCGGCGGCAAGUCCACCACGUACGAGGUUAUAGCCAAGCCGAUCUACACGCAUUCCAACACGCACUCGGUCUCCCAUGAGGAGCAUGGGGGAGGCGGGCAUUAUGGACACUCGGGGUAUGGGAGGAGUCUAGACGUGCCGCUGCCUUUGGGCUUGCAACCGGGUUAUAAACCCCAGUAAUUAAGUAACCGAUGUUUAUUUAUGAUUUUUAUGAUGAUGGGCCGUUUGUUGUUAAUUUAUUUCGUCUCCUUGUGAUUAUUUAUUUGUCUUUUGUGUAAAUAAAUAACUUUCUCAUUGAA